GAACCGAUUCCUCAAAGCUGCCUAUCAACAUCAAAAACAAUCAAUCAGACAAAAGUCAAUAAUUGAUUUGUCAAAUUUUAUUAUUAUUGCAAUGGAAUCGUUUUAUGAUAGCGACGAGGAGAUAGCUUGGGGCCCCAUGAGUUUAAGGGAAAUUAAAUCGGAUUUUACCAAGAGACCAAACCGAACGGAUAUUCAGAGAAGACAUACCAAUUUGGGAUUAAGAACUCCAUUGAAAGAAAAGUCUGGCAUUGAUAAGCUUGUAGAUGAUAUAAGUAGAAAAUUAAAUAUAGUUGAUAAUUCUUCAACGUUCUACAAAACUAUCUUGGAUGAUAUUGAAAAUUCAGAAGUUAUCACAGAUGAUGAAAGUGAUGAUUUCAUAAGUUUCGAAUGCAAGGAAAUAUCAGGAAUAUCGGAAAAAACAAUUUACUAUGAACAUAAAUCUUGCAAUGAAGCUGUUACUCGUAAUUUGACUAAAAUCAACACCACGGAUAUUAGACGAUCGGAUCUCCAAAAUUUUAGCAUUGAUUUGUUGGAAUCCCAAAGAAAUUUAUCCGACGAUAGCUCAAUAAGAUUUAACGAUACUUUUGAGGAACAAGGAUUAGACUACAAAAUGCCUAAACAUUCGAUUAUUUCAGCUUCAUUUCUAACUAAUAAGUGCACAGCAGAUAUUAAAACGCCCCAGACGGUUUUUAAAAUACCAUCCAAAUUGCCCACUCCAAGAGCUAAAACUCCAGGUAAAACCAAAUCGAAGUUUAACCAUAUAGUGAGUCCUAUAAGAAUUUAUAUUAAUAAUUCUACCACCUGCCUCAAAAAGAAUGUAGUGGGGGAUACAAAAAUUACCAAAUCAGUGCUCUCUAAAGCAACAAAAAAAAUAUCAGAAAAAGAAAAUAUAUCCAAACCACUUGCAGAGGUCAUUUACAAACCGGCAAAAAAAACCGUAACGUCGUCAACAAAACAUAUCAAGUUACCGUCAAAUAUUAAAAAGCUUGUGGAUGGAAUGGAUGUUACAAAACACGAAAAACGAUUGAAUAGGAGAUACUUAAAAAGAGAAGAAAUCGCGAAGAGACUUCAGGGGAAUGAUUUGACUUUAAACGAAGAUGGUUCCAUGAGUUCUUCAUCAAUUCAGGAUGUGUCGUUAUUAACUGUUAAGCAAGAUUUUAUCCAAUAA